UUUCCAGCUCUCUUUGCCUCACUUGCAACAAGUGGCGUAACUAUACCUCCUGGGGCCCGUGUAAAAUUCGUUUGAUGGGGCCCUAUCAGUGAAAAUCGUCACGUACUCAGUGUAAUUUUAAUAAACUUUUAGAUGUUCAGAGUACUCAAUUAUACGUUGUAUAUGUCCCACUAAUGGCCAUAGGACUCCUAUCUUAGGCGAGAGGGAAUGGUCUGUAGUCCCCACGCUAGCCCAAUGCGUAUUGGAGACUUCACAUUCAUCCACAGAACAUAAUAUCUCUUGGGCAGGGGCCCUUUUGGGUCGGGGGCUCGUUGCAUUUUGCCAGCCCUGCCACCCUAUUGUUACGCCACUGCCUGCAACUGUACUAACUAGCCAGCCACGCUUCCUCUUUCCUUGCUGAUUCCAAUCGAGCGUCUGCGUUUGACUCAUACACGAUAAUAUUUGAUAAAUAUUUUUAUCCAAAAACCUAUUUUAAACGUACGGAAAGAUAAGAAUUUUACAUUAAAUUUCUUAACUUGAAGGUUCUAGAUUAGAAUUUUAUGAGUGAAAUGAUUGUUUUAAUGAAAUUUAACCCAAACAAAACCCUUAAAAUAAAGAGAUUAGCUGGAUUUAUAUUACCUAAUUUGUGUGACCCAUUAACGUUUUUUAAAAUUAUCAGAUAAGUAUUGAUCGCUGGAAUUGUCUGCGGUAUCUGAUAAGUGUCCGGUUGGGUUGUUAUCGACGAGCGGUAUUCGCACUCAGUGCUAUUUGAUUUGUGUCACUACAAUUACUCAUAUAUAUCUCUCUUUAAGAAUAUGUUGUUUAAGGAUACUCUCGAAUAAAUUUAAGUGGUAAUGUAUUUAUUUGUGUUAGUGUGCAUCGGAUAUGCGCACGCGCAAAGCGUCACCGUAGUGCAGCUUAACCUCCCAUACGAUGAGAUCUACUCGCUGGAGCUUAAUAGUACAGUGGAGUACAUUUUAGACUUUACACCAAGCGCAGGUGUUAGUCGUGAUUCUCCACGUGUCGUAUGGGCGCGCGUCGAGGGCGUAGAUGGUUCGCGACCCGUGCUCGUUACUGCCCGGCAGCGCACAGGUGCUGAGACAUGGCAACUACCUUACGAGGUGAAUCGACGCAAAUUGUUUGAGCUGGAACGUACACUUUGUCCGGAUGACGCACAUCUAGACACGACAGUGACCGAGCAACGCAGCUCUUACUCGUUGCACGUGUCGACGUCUAGUUCUACGAGCGUAGCAUUUCACGUACGCGUAUCUAUAGCUCAGGCGUGGCGUCUCGACGCACCUACCGCGCUCUUUGCUACACAGUUUGCUCCCCGCGUUCUCUCAUACCAGUUCAAAGGCGAAGAGAAUCGCGUGCGGCUUGUCGUUUCUUCUGAAAGCGAGCUGUGUGCGACACUAUCCCUUCAGAACUAUUCGUGUCCUAUUGCGCAGACGAUAGACUCGACGGGAAUGACUGCUGAGCCGCGAUUAACAAUGAUGCUUUCAGGAGCUAUGUCGAUUGCGCGAUCGCAAUACCCCAACGGAUUUUACGUGGUGUUAGUGGUACAUGCGACAGAUGAGGCGUGUCUAAGCGAAGUGACCAUAGAAGCACGGGCUGAGAAAUUUUGGGAGGCUUCGCUGGCCGGAGAACUGCCAUCCUACUUGCUGCCUCACGCCCCAGACCCUAUCGAAAGACGGAAGGACUUUCUGGUCUCCAUACAGAGUGCACUCAGUCGACAGCAAUACGUAGUAGCGGCAACAGUCACGUUGGCAAUAUUCCUCUCAUUUUACGUGGCAUUCGGAGUUUUGGUGGUGGCCCAGCGCUGGUCACCAUUCGCGAAGCUAGUCGCUCCCCAAGCAGUGCUGGCGGACAACACUUCACGGUCUGGCAUAGAAGCUCAAAACGAGCAAACAUUGUCUGACCCAGCUGCAUCUCCCCAAGAAACGUCUCGACGACUCUCAACGAACACAUACGACCGAAAUGAUGAUAGCGACUCCGAAGAUGAUGAGCUUGCUACUACGGCAACGGCUGUGUCUGCUCCCGGCGCAGGCCCUGAUCCUGCUUCAGUUAAUGGAGCUGGAGUACAGGGUCCCUUCGGUUUACCGGCGAGAUUGCGCGUGGCAGCACUAGCACGUCAGCGCGAGCGCACGAUACGGGCGCGGUCUGACCGCUAUCUGUACACAUUGUACACUGUGGCCGUAUUCUACGCACUGCCUGUGAUCCAGUUCGUGAUCGCGUUUCAAGUUGUCAUGAACGUGUCCGGCUCGCUUGAUAUCUGCUACUAUAAUUUCCUUUGCGCACAUCCAGCUGGUGCUCUUGGCGAUUUCAACCACGUUUUCUCAAAUCUUGGUUAUUUAUUGCUCGGAGCGCUGUUUAUGCUGCAAGUACGACGUCGUAGGGCACGCCGUCGACGCCAGCCACGUGACCCGAAUUAUGGUAUACCGGCUCACUAUGGGCUUUUAUCGGCUCUGGGUGCGGGAAUGAUGGUGGUGGCGAUCCUCUCCGCCUCGUACCACGUCUGCCCCAAUCGCCUUAACUUCCAAUUUGACACGGCAUUCAUGUAUGUGCUAGCAGUUCUGAGCACGAUAAAGAUAUAUCAAGCAAGACAUCCUGAUAUCAACGCGAGGGCACAUGCAACUUUUGGAGUGUUGGCAGUCAUCAUUGCCUUUGUGGUCUGGGGAGUAUUGGGCGGCGGAAGAGUUUUCUGGGGCGUAUUCACGGUGCUACACGUCUUCACGUUUCUACUGCUCUCGCUACGAAUAUACUACGUGGGACAACUGCGCUUUGAAAAGCAGUCCCUGGCAGCGGCGGCAAGUGAACUUCGGAGUGGCGCCAGGCCUUUGUAUGGGGCCCGGCUCCUGCUGCUUCUCAUAGCAAAUGCUGUAAACUGGGCUUUCGCCAUAUAUGGACUAAUCCGACAGGGUAGUGAUUUUGCGUCCCACAUGCUGCAAGUACUUCUUGGGAACACGCUGUUGUACAUGAUUUGCUAUCUAGCUAUGAAGUUAGUGGUCGGAGAACGCGUACGUUGGUACGUAUGGGUGCUAUUAGCGGGCGCCACAGCCGCCUGGAUGCCGGCACUGUUCUUCUUCUUGUCUGGAAGUACCAAUUGGGCUGCCACACCGGCCGCUUCUAGACACAGCAACCACGAAUGCAAGGUACUAGAGUUCUACGACUAUCACGACUUGUGGCACCUUCUAUCAGCAGUGGCGCUUUACCUUUCUUUCAACACCAUGCUCACGUGGGAUGAUGGCUUAUCCGCUGUCAAGAGAACUGAGAUUGCAGUGUUUUGACACUUUAAUAAAAGGAAUAUUUUAAA